AUGGGGGAGAAAACAGCCUUCUGCACCCAAGAAGGACUCCACCUCCUGUUCGAGCCGGACGCACUGGAUCACUGGAUAAGCAAGCAAGCUGUCGGAGAGGCACCGCGUCGGCAUGUAGUCCGCAUAGUGGACAAAUGGCUACCGGGGGUGGCCGACGACAACCGCGCCUAUGCCAUGAAGAGAGAGCAGCCUGCCCUUCGGAAGAUACGCCACCAGACUGGGGAAGUGACGAAGGCACAGAAGAAUGGCCCUCAGAAUGUGACCGAGACCAAGAUGAAGACCCACAAUGGCCAUGGGGGCCGGGGGGACGGCCAUCUGACAAACACGCUGGACAACAACGACCCAACGAACCGGAAGGUGAACCGCGGCAUGCAGGGCAAAGACGACCCAGUGAACCAGAGGGGGAGCCAAGCAAACGACGACGAGAUGGGACGACAGACGGAGCCACUGCACCAGCGGGGGAGGAUAAAAGACAGAAACAACGAAAAACACGGAGAGGAGAAGGAUGAGGAGUUUGUAACGCUUUUCAAGAUGUACCGGGCCUUGGGUUUGGAGCACGUGGGGAUGGAUGCCAUCGUCAUUGCCAGCAGAGCCUUCAUUGUCUCCCCUCACAAGUCAGAUGGGGUGGCAUCUCCUGCCUUGAUUUUGAGCUAUGCACGAUUUUUGGAGGACCGGAAAUACUUCGAAGAUGCAUUCAAAAUCUACGAGCGGGGUAUCAAGGUCUUCUCAUGGCCUCAUGUUGGUGACAUUUGGCUUACAUACUUGUCGAAGUUUGUGGAGCGAUAUGGCGGGCGAAAGCUGGAACGGGCAAGGGACCUCUUCGAGCAGGCAGUGGAGAAGGUGCCAUCGAAAUUUGCGAGGAGGCUGCACAUGCUCUAUGCCAAGCUUGAAGAGGAGCACGGUCUCGCGAGGCAUGCUCUGUCCAUCUACAAUCGGGCAACCAAAGCAGUCGAGGAGAAGGACAUGUUCGAGAUGUACGGCAUUUUGCUGCGAAAGACGGCGGAGUUGUUUGGUCAGACUCGUACGCGCGAGAUUUACGAUCAAGCGAUCGAGGCCCUGCCACAGGAUCGUAUCAAGGAUGCCUGCUUGCGAUAUGCUAAGAUGGAAACCAUGCUUGGUGAGGUGGACAGAGCACGCGCCAUCUAUGUGCAUGCGUCCCAAUUCUGCGAUCCGCGACGUGAAGAGGAGUUCUGGAAAGUUUGGCGAGGUUUCGAAGUUCAACAUGGAAAUGAAGACACGUUCCGUGACAUGCUCCGAAUCAAGCGCAGCGUUCAAGCUAUGUUCUCUCAGGUUCAUUUCAAUGCUACCGAUAUUGCUGCCGAAACAGGGCGUGAAGUCCUCGAUCCGAUGGCAGCAGCCGAAGAGGAAAUGAAAACUGAGGAGGAAAGAAAGCGAAAGGGCGGCGCUUUGGGCAUUGAUGCGAAGCGGCAAAGAGUCACAGCUGAUGCUGAGACGGCGCGGAAGGAGCUACUGGGCAAUUUCGAGCCUGCGGAAGGCUUCGAGGGGCCACGGGAUGGCUUCAUUUUCAAGCUUGGCAUCAAAGGCUUGGGUUACUACGAGGAUUCUUCCUUGCGAGAAAUCGAAGCAAGAUCAGCUGCUGCAGCUGCAGCCGAGCGCAAGGCGCUGGCUGCCGAGCGGAAGGCUACAGAAGCCAACCCAGAGGAGAUCGAGCUGGAUUUGGACGAUGACGAGGAUGAGGAUGCUGCCCCAGAGGCUGCGCCGUCUGGACCUGCUGCCCCCAUGGCCAGCAAUGCGGAGGAGAUUGAGCUCAAUGUUGAAGACAUUGAUGAAGCUCCGAUAGCUCCAGAGGUCUUCGGAAGUGGGCUCUCCAGCCUGCGUGCGAGUAUGCCGGAGGAGCCCGUGCAAGAGCCGCCCCUCGCAGAGCCAGCCCCGAAGGAAGAGAAGAGAUCGGGAGCACUAGCGAAAUUCCAGAAGAAGGGCAAAGGAAAAGGUGGCAAGAAGGGCUUCAACUUCGGUGACUAG